AUGGCCAUCGCCAAGCCAUUGCCGCGCGCCCCGCUGGCCAAGCCAGAAGCCCCCAAGCUCAAACGCGGCCGCAGCCUCAUGUUCCUGGCCACUCACGGCGGCGUGGACAUGGCUCCACCGCCGUCGGCGUCUCGGCACUCCACGCACAAGCACCACAAGCGCCACAGUGAGCACCGACACCACCACAAGCAGGCGUCCGCGACCCCCGUGUACGACCAGUGUCUGCGCGAGGCCAUGAAGCUCAAGACGCGCAUUCUCAUCGAGCACCGCGAGCGGCCGACGCGCUUCAGCCUCAGCGUCAUGAGGCGCGUCGUGAUCCCGCCCGUGGCCAUCCCCAAGAAGCUCGCCGUGCGGCGAGGCAGCCGCGACCUCGUGUCCGGCAAGCGCGUGCCCUUCACCAAGGCCAUGUGGGAGACGCAGAAGCGGAUAUACAGCAAGACGCACCGCCUGCCCGUGAUCCACGAAAGCUUCCACUCGUAG